AUAUUCAUGUGAUUCCAGGUUUAUGUUGCUUUAAGGAGGGUAAGUACUUCAGUUACCAGCCCAUUUGUAACAAGAAUUUUGUGUUUUAAACAGGAAAAAGUGUCUUCUCUUUGGGGAUCAGAAAUUCCCUGUGUCAAGAGUAAUAUUCACAAAAUCUGCGUACUGCCCUUCCGUUAGUAUUAAGACAGAAAACCCAGCAGCAUUAGUGUAGCUAUACUUUACGGCACUACUUAUUGUACUUGUUAUGCUUGUGACAAGCAGUUAGUCCUGUUGUACUUAAUCAUGUGCAGACACGAGUAGCAGGUAGUCUCUCUGCACCAAAGACUUUCCUGGCUACUGGAGAGGAGAAUGUAAUGCACAGUUUUAACACUAUCUGAUAGAAGAUGUUAUAUUGGUUAAAUGAUUUUUUUUUUUUUUUUUUUUUUUUUAAGGUUUGGUUAGGAAGUAGUAAGUCAACUGGGAUGAAAGCCUCAAGGAAAGAAGACAAGGUUGGGUGCUGGGGAGAAAACCGUGCAAGGGUGCUGUUGCAGAGUACGAUUGAGGAAGGAGCAGUGGGAAGGAGAUUCAGAACAAGCAGUUGAGGAGCACAGGGUCAAGGAAGUCCUGCCAAAAUCUGGUUGCUCUGUGCUUUCUGCUUUGGCAGCUUCUGUAGCUGCUCCUGCUGUCUGGGGUUUCUGGCUUGUUCUUCCCCAGCAGUUUUUUCUUUAGACAGUAUGGAUAGGGAAGAAGGAAAAAGCAACACCUAAGUUCUUGCACUUCGGAAAUUACGUUCUCCCUUACAUACGUUUUAAUCCAGGACAGUCCAGUAAAGAGGAAUUGUCCUUUUUGAGACCUUUUUGGGUUUUUUGGUCUCCCUUUAUUUGUAACAGGUCCUGAACCUUGCCAUAGUCUUGCCUCACUCAUGCCUGUAAUACUACAGUUCAUUUACCAGUACCCGCCUUUGGACUUCCAUUCUAUUGUUUUCACCCAUUAAUUUUUAAAAAAGUAUUCUAGACUACCAAAGCCCUGGAAAUGUUGAGUUGUGUUUCUUUUUCUAAAAUGGAACUUAAAGUAAUUUAUUAUACUACCCUAUCUCUGAAUAUAUUCUUGCCACUUCUGCUUUUUUAUGUUGCUUUGUGAAUGACCCCAUAGAGAAACAAACUAAACAGACAGAAAAUAAUGAAACAAGCAAACUUCAAAUUGCUGUCAAAGUACCUAAGGUAAAUUAGCUAAGGCUAGACGUUUUCUUAAGUAUAUUUUACAGUAUUCCUAGGUGUUCAUGCUGACAGUAAUAUGUAAAAUGCAUUAUCUUCAUGUGUUGCUAAAGGAUGGAAAAAUAGCUAAAUUAUUGAGUUACUUUUGAUUUGACUGCUGAAGUGUAUUGAGGUACAAUAUAGCCAUCAACCCGUCUGUGAGCUUGAAGCUUCUUUUCCCUGUAGAACCUUUAAAUACUUUAAAUAUUCUGUCACUUCUGUUUUCUUUUUUUGGUUCUUAUGAAUUCUUUCUUGGAAGUUGUGCCUUAGCACAAAUAAUCUUUUGUGGUACUAUGCUGACUUUGUACAUUUUUGUACUGUGCAGGAGUUUUGAAAUACAUGAUAAACUACUGGGUUUUCCAAUGCAUGAGGUGCCUUUUACCCCCUGUGUAAAUGAAGAUACACAAUUAUGUAUAUAUCCUGCCCACUGAAGUAUGCAAUAAUUAGUAUGAUAGUUGAAUUCAGACCAGUUACUUAAAAAAGAUAUAACCUUCUCUUUGGUGGUCACUUUGAACUUCAGUGUGAGAGUGCCUGAUUUAAGACCAAAUUUGUACAGAACCAAAUCUAGGUAUGAAUUACUGCAAAUACUGGUACCUGUAGCAGGAUAUCUGUCUCUUAUUAACAAGUUCUGUUGAUUAAAAUUUUAUAUUCUAUGUUUGGUAUUAGUUCAUAUGUUGCUAUUUACUGUAGCAUGUCUGAUAGUUGCUAAUACAGAUCAGCAGCCAUGAUGUUUUUACACAGCAGAUUUUUACACAGCAAAAUACAGAGGAAAAAACAGAAAUACAAUUGUGGUCAGAUGAUUUAGUCCACUAAAAGUUGACCAGGACACACAGAAUUUGCUGCAAAUCAAGAAGUUAGUCAAGUGAAGUACAUUACAAGUUUUGUCUUAUCAAGAUUUCUGUGUUGGGAACAGCAAAAUAACAGUACCCUAGGAUUUCUGUGAAAACGCACAUUAUUACUACAGAUUCAUGAGGCAUUAUAGUUCUGCCAAAAUAGUGAUUACUUAAGGAAAAAGAAAAAUAUUACAGAGUGCUUUCAGGUUUGUCAUAGAAACAAGAGGGUCAAAAUACUGCAGGAAGUAAGGCAAAUUGGAAGCAUGUUUGAGAUCGUUGUUAUCUAAGAUAAGAUGCGGGAAUGUGGGAGGAAUAUUCUCAGUAAAACCAGUGACCAUGAAAACAUACUGUAUACAUCAUGGUAUAUUAUGGUGCUGUGUAUGUGGAAUUUCUAAUGGCAAGUGAAAUCUUUAUUGGUAUUUUUGGGCCGUAAAGAUGAGUAAAUGAAAAAAGGGUAGAAUAGCAAGUUGUCUUAAUGAGAUGCAGACAUAUUGGGGCUAUGAAGAAGCCACUCCUGCUAAUUGUUGUCAUGUAAGCAUAGAACUGCUUGAGCAGACACUGCGUAAGGAAGGAAUUGUGCUGCUUAUCACGCCUUACUACACAUCAGAGCUUUUGCCCUUGGAUGUUUCCUGUAAUAAACCUUUGAAAAGUGUUAUGAAGAAACAUUGGAAUAAGUGGGUGAUGGACGGUUAACCAGGUGUUUGCACUGCAGGGAGUUUAAAAGGCCUUGCUAUAUAGGCUUGUUAGUUGACAACCUUUUGAAGUGGGUCAUAGCAGAAGCAAAAUGUAGCAUUAGCAAGGCACUUACUGGUAGUAAGGGUGACUGUACAAGACAAUUUAGAGCUACAAUUCUGAAAGAGAGAGAUAGAUUUCUAUUGUUUCAGUGGUUGUGAAAAUCAAGAUGACGUGCAUUUAGUGAUGAACUAUGAAAAACAGACUACUGAUGAAAGGAAACCUGAAUUGACUGACUCUGCCUCUCUGCUAGAGACCUUCAAGUUUCUUGAAAAUGCAGCUGCAGACUUUAGUGAUGAAGAAGAUGAAGAAGAUAUUGAAGGAAGAGAGAAAACAAUCAUUGAUACUGCAACAAUUGUAAGGAAAAGAGUGCUAUCUGACAGCAGUGAAGACAGAGAUACAGAAGAAGCUUUGAAAGAGUUUGACUUUUUGGUUACCUCAGAUGAAGGUGAUGGGGAAUCGAGAAGUUCAGGAGAUGGAACAGACUGGGAAAAGGAAGACCAGUGUCUCAUGCCUGAAGCUUGGAAUGUCGACCAGGGAGUAAUAACCAAACUCAAGGAACAAUACAAAAAGGAGCGCAAGGGGAAAAAGGGGGUUAAGAGGCCCAACAGGUCAAAGCUGCAAGAUAUGCUUGCAAAUUUGAGAGAUGUUGAUGAUCUCCCUUCAUUACAGCCAUCUGUUGCACCUUCUUCUAGGCCCAGUAGCUCAAGGCUCAUUGAACACGAGAUAAACAGGACGGAUGAAGUGGAAGCUUUAACAUUCCCUCCUUCUUCAGGGAAAUCUUUCAUUAUGGGAACGGAUGAAGCCCUUGAAAAUGAGCUGGGUCUUGGAGAACUGGCAGGCCUUACAGUAGCCAAUGAGGCAGAUUCACUGACUUACGAUAUAGCAAACAAUAAGGAUGCAUUGAGAAAGACUUGGAACCCCAAAUUCACAUUAAGAAGUCACUUUGAUGGAAUAAGAGGUCUCGCUUUUCAUCCGGUUGAACCAGUCUUAAUAACAGCUUCAGAGGACCAUACAUUAAAAAUGUGGAAUUUACAAAAAACAGCCCCAGCAAAAAAGAGUGCUUCUCUUGAUGUAGAGCCAAUAUAUACCUUCAGAGCACAUAAUGGACCAGUGCUCUGUGUGGUGAUGAGCAGUAAUGGUGAACAGUGUUACAGUGGGGGAACGGAUGGCCUCAUCCAUGGCUGGAAUACAACCAACCCGAACAUUGACCCCUAUGACUCUUACGAUCCUUCUGUUCUAAGAGGUGCUUUUGUAGGCCAUACAGAUGCGGUGUGGGGUCUGGUUUACAGUGGAGCACACCAGCGUUUGCUGUCCUGUUCAGCAGACGGCACUAUACGUCUAUGGAAAGCUAUGGAAAUUGCUCCAGCUCUCAAUAUAUUUAAUGAUAAUCAAGAAAUGGGAAUCCCUUCAUCAGUAGAUCUUGUGAGCAGUGACCCAAGCCUCAUGGUAGCAUCAUUUAGCAGUGGACACACUAGCAUUUUUAACAUGGAGACCCGGCAACGAAUUCUUACCCUGGAGUCCAGUGCAGAUACCUCAGUCAGUUCCUCCUGUCAGAUAAACAGAGUCAUCAGCCAUCCAACUCUUCCAAUUAGUAUCACUGCUCAUGAAGACAGACACAUCAAAUUCUACGACAACAAUACAGGAAAACUGAUUCACUCCAUGGUAGCUCACUUAGAUGCAGUUACAAGUUUAGCUGUUGAUCCUAAUGGCUUGUAUUUGAUGUCUGGCAGUCAUGACUGUUCGAUUCGCUUGUGGAAUCUUGAAAGCAAGACCUGCAUCCAGGAAUUUACUGCUCAUCGCAAAAAAUUUGAUGAGUCCAUUCAUGAUGUGGCAUUCCACCCCUCCAAAUGUUAUAUUGCCAGUGCAGGAGCAGAUGCCCUGGCUAAAGUGUUUGUAUGACAGAGUGCUUCCCUUUCAACUCUAGCUCUGUAUAUAUUCAACCAGCUGCACAAAAGAGAAGAGGAGGGCAUGAGUCGUCUUAUCCUGCCCUGUAAUUCAGAGAAUGUUUGUAAGUGUUUAGUUUUGCAGGGUGCUGUUUUCUAAAUUGACGUUUGUUCUGGUUUCUGUGAGCUCAGCUGGUGCUGAGAGCUUGGAAACUCUCAGUUUCAAAUAGCUAAAAAACAAAAGAAAUGCUUUUAUUUCAGAGGGUGUGAAUUUUCGUCCAGGCAGGCCUUGGGUGAAACUAGGUCUAUGUAGUCUCUAUUAGUAAAAUGGAGUACUGGAAAGAAGGGGUCUAAUUGCAUCAGGGAGUAGGAAAAGAGGGAAACUUCCUAGGAUGCUUCUCUUUGAGGAAUUGUAAUGUACUUAUAAAUCACCUGGAAGAAAGUGUCAGUUCGCAUGCUCAUUACUGUGUCAUGUGAGAGGCACUUAGUCAUCCCUUUGGUAUUAAUAAAGUAGAGCUUGUUCAGAGAGCAGUAGCAGAUAGUUAAUCUCAGCCACCUGGCUGCUAGCCUAAGAUAAAUGCAGUUAAAGGAAAGCAAAUUACUAACAUAAAUUAAAACGCAGUAAAAUUUUUCGUUACAUCUUCUGUGUUAUACAGUAAAUAUUUAGUUUGCAAAAAAGAUUUAUAUAAUUUUUUAAAUACUGUAUUAGCGUGUGGCUAGAAGCUGAGCCUUUAGUCUAGUCCCAAUUAACAACAGGCUGAAGCAGUCUGUAUAUACUGUAGUAACAGAUUAACUUAUUCAGAUCUAUAAUGCUGUUUAUUCUUGGAGAUCUGGCACAAGAAAUUAUCACAAAGCUUUCCAAAGAAGCUGUCCUACAAUUUAACUAUCAAACAUUCAUCUCCUCUUUCUGUUCCUGCUAAAAAGGGUAUCAUUCUGGGCAUUAAGGAUAACAGUGAAAUACUUAUUUUGAAGAUUAAACCUAUACCUGAUGCUUUGUAUGAGUCCUACUAGUGCAAUAGGUGGGAACUAUACAAAGUUCCAUCAGUUUCAGAGAUUCUGCUACUUCUAGAGGUAUUUCCCAACUUCACCAUUUGUGGAACUUUUAAACUUAUCCGCUUCACUGGGCGUAUCGUGCCAUUGCUUAGGUUACCCGAAGAACGAGUGCUUCUUGUAAUUACUCAACAGAUGUGCUUUGUUUAUCUAUUCAGAACUUCUCUGUUGAUUUGAAUGACAAGUAACUCUUAAUCCUAUCUUUUAGUCUUUUUACCCCUUCUUAAAGGAAGGUGAGUGGAUUCUUUUCUAUUAUAUGUCAUCAUCAGAGUUAUUACUGCUCAUAAGCCCGAAGUUGGUGUUUUCCUCUAAUGGGAAUGGAAGGCAGAAUUUCUGCUGGAGAUGAUUUCUGGUGCUCAUGCAAGUAGGAAAGAACCCAGCGCAACUCUUCCACAUACCAGCCUGAGGUUAAGACUGGAAACUGAUAAAUAAAUCUUUACCUUUAAACUGACACUUUUUAAAAAGGAAUCGUGGAACGAUAUCAACAUAGGGUUUGACUGUGUUGGUUUUAGAGUGGCAUUUGGGGAUGGGACCACAUUUGAAGCUGAUCUCAGACUUUACAUCAACUAUAUUAUUUAGAAUAAAAGGCUGACCUGUGCUGUUUGAGCCUGCAACACAUUAUAUUUACAGCUAAAAUAUCCUGGAAUACCUUUUAUUGCUCAGAAUAUUCAGAUAUGUCACUUCAUGAUAUUGAUAUGCAAUAUAUUUCCAUAGAUAAGAUUAGAACUUUUACCGUGAAACAGAUGACUACAAUAGUAAUUCAGAUUAUUUAGUUUUUAUAAAGUGUUUUGGUUAUGAUGGAAAGGGGGAAACUUGGCUGCAAAACUGAGCAUUCAACUUUGUGAGUUCUGUGUACUUGACUCAUGGUCUUUCAGUGUCAUUAUUUUAUUUCUUUUUGAAGAGGAAAUGACAAAGAUUUAUUUGAAAAAUUCUAGAAGUUAUGUAUAUUAUAUAUGUGUAUAUAUAUUGUAAACAUGUAUUAAAUGUGUCUAGUAAGGGAAGACUCCAUGGGUGCAUUUUAAUGUUUUAGUAUUAAGAGUUCUCUUGAGUUUGUGUAUACAAAGGAUAAUGGUGUGAGUAUGAAAUGAAUGUUGUGCUUUUGCUUACACAAUACAAUAUGUAGUCACAGUUGUUUAAAUUGCUGUACAUAGAACUAAUAGGCUGGCAUGCUUGUUUUUAAAGACUGUCAUUCUGAUUACAAUUGGAAUGUAAGAAGUGGCUGUUCAAAUGUGAAUUGAAAGAUGUUUCCUUCUCACUAUUGAGCUCUUGCUCUAACUGAAAAGUGAUUUUUUUUUUCUUUUUUUUUUAAAGCUGGCAAUAGCUAGAGGAUGAGGUGCCUUUAAAAAACAAAACAAAUGUAGCCUUACAAAGAGGUUGUGGAGUAUAUAUAUUUUUGUGCUGGUCUUCAUAAUUGAUGUCAAUGUCUUUUACUGUACUUGCUCACAUACUUGUAGGACUGCAGGGUAUUGUGCAUGAGCCUGUCAGAUCUUCUGAACAUCAUCAUAGGAGUUAGGGAUGAAAAAUUAUUUCGGUUAUCUAGUCCAUCUGCUUGCUAAAGCAGGGUUGUAGAAUUGUGCGUUUUAAUAUUGUCUUGGCCAGUGAGGUUUCAUAUAUGUUCUAAACAAUUAGGCUUCCUUUAGAAGAUUAUUUCAAUGAUUGCGUCUCACUGACAGGAGGAUUUACAUGAUGGUUAGCAGUUCUUUUUUGUAACUUCAUGCCAGUAUUCCAAGCCAUGUUUUGUGCCAUUUUACAUAUUCCUCGUCUUUGUAACUUGGAACCUGCAUGCGCGCACUGGUUCUAGCUGUAUAUUUCCAUUCCUUUACACUUUCUUCAAGCUGUUUUUUAGUCUGCUCUUUUUACACAACUUUUUCUUGUUUUCAGCUUUUUAGCUCAGUUCUCCAUAUCUUGGUGCCCACAACACCAUUCCACAUGCAUGAUUUGUUGGACUUAGUCUGAAGGUCACCUGUUAAGUGUGGGUUUUGUUUGUUUGGUAUUUUCCUCUGUAACAUCAUGCUUUUGUGUAGGAAGACCGAACUUCUGGUCUUCUGGUUAGUGUCUCAGAAACCCAAAUCGUAUUUCUUUAUUUCUGACAACUGUUUUAAAUAACUUUGAGCGUUGCUGCUUCUGAAGUUUCUUCUUCGCUUUCAGUAUGUUAUGAUUAUUUUGCAGUUAGAUACUUAAUUCCUGUUUCAUUAUUAUCCUGGGUUUUGUAAGCUUUGAACUUCUGAUCUCUGUGGGCACUAAAUUAUUUUUAUUUUUUCCCUUUUAUGUGCAGUUCUACCUGGUUCAAUGUAAUUGGUAACUUUCAUUAAUGUGUUACAUACAUCUAUUGAAAAUGUAAACAAAACCGGACCUAAGGCUUAUUCUUGCAAAAAAAGCAUUUUUGUGCAACAUCAGUACAUGGCAUUUUACCAUUACUAUUUUCCCCAUAUCUAAUUUGCAUGGUACAUUUUUUAAUGGUUAACUCAUAUAAUCUUUUGUGUAUGUUAGCCUGUGCUACUGAUUUUGAGUUUACUAACUAAUUUAAUGGGAGAAUUUUCAGUCCUUCCGUAUGUUGAAAAUUGGUCCACUAGUUUUAAAUACUCUCAUUUUUAUUUCUAAUUUGCUUCACUGUGCUGUUUGCUUUCACAUAUUUGAUUCAGUUACCAAAACGCUUGCACAAAAUGAUUUCGAGUAGCCUGGAAGAAGCUCUAGAUAUAAUUAUGUUGUGGAAAACAUUUUCUUCACUCAUACAAAAUCCUAAUGUCUGCAUUUAUUUUUGUGCCUCGCAGAGAAAACUUUUGACAUGCCAAGUAAAAGAUUUUAUUACUUGUAAGAAAAUCACACGAUGAAUAUUUUGGGAUCUUUAUUUUGAUAAAAUAAGUUCUUUAGCAAGAAGUCUGUACAACUAUAUGCAACAUACUGUAGGUUAUUUUUUAGGCCGUAUGUUUUCAAAUAAUGUUACAUUAAAGCAGUCCCGUAUGU